AAUAUCUGUUAAUCGGGUCUGUACACGUCGAAGAAAGCAUAAGCGGAAUGAAUCGCCGUUUCAACAGCGUCGGCGCCGUCGAUUUGGGGCGGCGGUGCUUCUCGACGGUAGUCGACCUGGCGCACCUCUCUUCGCCGGUCGAUUUGGACCACCUCGCCUCCCUCCGGUCGACUUCCGACCUUCUCAAGUCCUACACCGUGACUCCUCCCAUCCGCCAUUGGCCCUCCCCUCUAACGAGCCGCCGACUCACCUGCCUCAUCCGCUCCACCACCGACCCGGAUCUUGCCUUCCGCAUCUUCGACUACGCCAACCGCUUCGUCCCGGGUUUCUCCCCCUCCUACCCGCCCUACCACGCCAUCAUCCUCCGCCUCGCCGCCUCCCGCAAAUUCCACCUCCUUCCGCCGGUCCUCUCAUCUCUCUUUCGUUCCGGACUGCGCCCCUCCGAGGACGCCUUCAUCUUUCUCAUCCGUGCUUACUCCCUCGCCGGCCGCCCUGCUGCAUCCCUGCGCUCCUUUCUCUCCAUCCCCUCCUUCGGCGGCAUCAAACCCUCCGUCCGCUCCUUCAACGCUCUUCUCAAUGCCAUGAUCCAGAACCACCGUCCGGACCUUGUCGCUCACCUCUUUCGCAACUGCCGCACUAAGUUCCGAAUCAUCCCCAACGUCUGCACCUGCAACAUCCUUCUCAAGGCCCUCUGCAAGCUCCGUGAUAUCGGUGGCGCCCUCCAGUUGCUCGAUGAUAUGCCCGGUUUGGGGAUCGUCCCCAAUGUCGUUUCCUAUACGACCAUCCUCGCUUUCUACUGUGCCAGUGGUGAUCUUUCUGCUGCACGUUCGGUCUUCGAUCAGAUCAUUUCCCGCGGUUGGUCCCCGGACGCCACCACUCUCACAAUUAUGAUCGCCGGGUAUUGCAACCAAGAGAAACUGAACGAUGCCGUCAAAUUAAUGGACGAUAUGGAGAUUUGGGGCGUCACCCCGAACGACGUGACAUACUCUGUGGUGAUCGAGGCAUGUUGCAAGAUGAAGAGGUCUGGCGAAGCAUUGAACUUGCUUGACGAUAUGCUCGAAGGGAAGUACGUACCGAGCUCGUCCUUGUGUUGUAAGGUGAUCGAUGCAUUGUGCGAAGAUAAGAAGGCCGAGGAUGCUUUCCGGAUAUGGAGGAAGCUUUUGAGGAAGAAUGUCACUCCAGAUAAUUCCAUCUCAAGCACACUUAUAUAUUGGCUAUGCAAGGAGGGAAAGGUCAGGGAAGCAAGGAAACUGUUUGAUGAGUUUGAGAGAGGAUUCAUCCCAAGUAUGCUAACAUACAACACACUCAUCUCUGGAAUGUGUGAGAACGGGGAGUUGCAGGAGGCAGGUAGGGUGUGGGAUGACAUGGUUGAGAGGAGAUGUUCGCCUAAUGUGUUCACCUACAAUGUCCUAAUGAAGGGCUUUUCUAAAGCAGGGAAACCAAAGGAAGUGGUUAAGAUCUUUGAUGAAAUGGUAGAGAAACGUGUCGUGCCAGAUAAGGCUACAUUCAAAAUCUUGGCUGAUGAGCUUUCCAGUUCUGGAGAUACAGAAGAACUUGAUAAGAUUCUUGAAAGCAUUGUUUCAAAUAGGGGAGUUGAUCAGGAAAGUUGGUUUGUGCUUGUGAGCAAGAUUCUUGGUGAUGAUGAAAACUCUAGAGAUCAUAUUAAUUCAGUAUUGGAGACGAGAGCUUAAACAACAAUCUGGUUUUGCAAGCUAAUUGCGGAAGUCGACAUUGGCCAUAGUUUUCUCAGUCUGCCAGUUGGGAGUAAAGAUAAUCAAUGAAUCAUGGAGGAGCCUGCAGGAUCUUAGCCAUGGGAAUGGAGCAUCUCCUAUGUGUUAACUGCCUCAUAGGAGUUUUCUUUAAAGUGGGCUAUAUUAUCAUAAGAUUAUUAGGAAAUCCAUUGAGGAUUGGAAAGAAAAGAGCAAGAUAAAUUAUCUAUCUCAAGUGGAAGUUUUGUUUCGGUGACAAGUUGAUAGUGGUUUGGAAAUUGAGCCCUACAGAGUUCUUCGAAGAUGAAUAUUUGAAUAGUGAAUGUAGAUUGUGGAGGAUUAAUUUGCUAGUCCUUACCAGAUUUUUCAACAAAAUCAUUCACAGAUAUAAAUUUUUGUCUUGUCACUCCUUCACCAAGAUUGGCAGUCGUAACUCAGGGACAGCCCCUUUUUGAUGAACUGUAGGCUGGAAAAGUUGACCAAUCUUCUGCCAUUGUUGGCCAAUCCAUCAAGUCAGGUGCUUCGUUCUCAUUUUUUUUGCUUUCUUUGAAUUGACUUUGAUGUCUGUAGCCACUAUUAUUAAAGAUUUUUUUUUUUUUUGAAAGGAAAUCAUAUGACACAAUGGGAUUACUGUGCCAAUCUUCACUGUGUGACAAUGCCUUGUUUUAUCAGCAUAAUUUUUUUUCUUCAAAUUUUAUGUUGGAGCUCGUAGAAAUUUUCAAUUUG